AUGUCACUCACACUCAACGCCCGCCAGCAGGCUCUCCUCAUCGCCGUGGUCCGAAACACGACGGCUGACAUCGACUGGGACAAGGUCGCCGCCGAAACCGACUACGGAACGGCGAAGAGUGCGCGAGACAACUGGUCGCACACCCGCAAGAAAAUCGAAAACACCUUCAGCGGCGCCAGCGCUGCCGGUGGCACUCCUGUGAAGAAGGGCAUCGCGCGUAAGCGCAAGGCUGGCGAUGAGGAGACUCCCGCGAAGAAGAAGUGUAAGAAGAAGGUUGGGAAGGAGAUGAGCCCCGCUGAUGAGGACGAUGUGGAGGAGAAGAAGGUCGUUAAGGAUGAGGCUUGA